UGAGAUUAUGCUGUUGUGACUGCGGUAACCAGAGUUUAACCAGUUUAACCAGUUUAACUUCUCCAGUUUAACGGUGUUUUUCUCCUCCGGUUCGAAGCGGAUUCUAGCUUCACCUUCAGACUGAACCGCUGCUCAACUGACGACACACACGCACCUGCAGCUCAACAUGAACCCCGAGUAUGACUAUUUAUUCAAACUGCUUCUGAUCGGUGACUCUGGUGUCGGAAAAUCCUGCCUCCUCCUCCGCUUUGCAGAUGACACGUACACAGAGAGUUACAUCAGUACCAUCGGUGUGGACUUCAAGAUCAGGACCAUCGAGUUGGACGGAAAGACCAUAAAGCUUCAGAUUUGGGACACAGCUGGACAGGAGAGGUUCCGCACCAUUACGUCCAGUUACUACAGAGGAGCUCACGGCAUCAUCGUAGUUUACGACGUGACGGAUCAGGAGUCCUUCAACAAUGUCAAACAGUGGCUGCAGGAGAUCGACCGCUACGCCAGCGAGAACGUCAACAAGCUGCUCGUCGGCAACAAGUGUGACCUCACCUCCAAGAAGGUUGUGGACUACACCACGGCCAAGGAGUUCUCAGACAGUUUAGGAAUUCCCUUCCUGGAAACGAGUGCUAAGAGCGCCACCAACGUGGAGCAGGCCUUCAUGACCAUGGCAGCAGAGAUAAAGAAGAGGAUGGGCCCCGGGGCCACGGCCGGUGCCGGUGACAAAUCCAACGUCAAGAUCCAGAGCAAGCCUGUCAACACUUCAUCUGGAGGCUGCUGCUGAGGCCCUGCCCACAAACAACACAACAAAAACACCAUGACCUAAACCCAGCCCAAGACCAGUCUCCAUGUUAGCACGCUCCGGGGGGGGGGUCAGACAGACAGGUUUGUAAAUGUGCAGUCAACAGGACGACUUUAACGACGUUAAUCCCCCACAGAAAACUUAAAAUUUUCUUCUUCAUCCUCACUUUUACCAAAAAAUACACAAGCUCUGAGUCAUCGUACGCCGGCGUCACGUCUCCAAAUGAAGCACACGCUAAACAACACUCACACGCCCCCUUUAUGCUGUCCAACCAUGUACCAGUGCCCCUCCCCCUAGUUAACAUUCCUGGUUUUUACAUCAAACUGAAGCAUGAGCUGCAUUUAGGAGACGUGAGUGUCCCACAGCGCCACCUGUCAACUGUAUAUAUUUCUACAUCUGUGUUAAACCUGCGAUCCAAGCUGACGACGUCCGCGGUCCGUGAUCUGUGAUCCGUGAUCUUUGGCUGUGGAUUAUUUUCUUUUGUGGCACAAAUGCCGAUUAUUAAAGAAUGAAGGAGAUGUUUGAUAA